AUGGGUGUCCUUCAAAAGAUUGAGGAUAUCGAGAUGGCCAAGUACCGCGCUCAGCUGCUGGAGCCCGAGAAGAAGGGCCCCAAGGGAGAAGGCUUUGAUGUUAUGAAGUCGGGCGAUGCCCGUGUGUGUUUGAUCGGAUUCCCCUCCGUCGGCAAGUCGACUCUUCUGUCCAAGACGACCAAGACCGAGUCGGUGGUCGGAGCGUACGAGUUCACGACGCUCACAGCUAUUCCCGGUGUUCUUGAGUAUGAGGGAGCCCGCAUUCAGCUUCUCGAUCUGCCCGGUAUUGUGCAGGAUGCCGCCAAGGGUCGCGGACGUGGACGACAGGUCGUCUCAGUCGCCAAGACGGCCGACCUGAUUCUCAUUAUGAUUGACGCCACCAAAUCGGACGAGCAGAAGGCGAUGCUUUACGCAGAACUCGAGGCCGUUGGAAUCCGUCUCAACACCGCACCCCCAGAUGUCGUGUUCAAGCAGAAGACUGCCGGUGGUAUCACGAUCAACAACACUGUCAAGUUGACCAAGAUCGACGAGCGCACGAUUCGCUCGAUUCUGCAGACGUACAGGAUCCACAACUGCGACGUGAUGAUCCGCGAGGACAUUACCACUGACGAGUUUAUCGACGUCCUGCUCGGAACACGCAAGUACAUCCCAUCCCUGACUGUUAUCAACAAGAUCGAUGGCGUCUCCAUGGAGACGCUGGAUCGCAUGGCACGCGAGGGCGAUGGACGGACAGUCAUGAUCAGCUGUGAGCUUGAUCUCGGCAUUGACUGGCUCCUGGAGGCUGUUUGGAAGGAGCUGGGCCUGGUGAAGGUCUACACAAAGAAGCGUGGAGAGCAGCCAGACCUCGGCGACCCCAUCUGCUUGAGGGCAGGCGCUACCGUCGAGACGGUUUGUCACGGUAUCCACCGCAGCCUGGCUUCGCACUUCAAGUAUGCUCUCGUUUGGGGCAAGUCGAGCAAGUUCAACCCCCAGCCUCAAAAGGUCGGUUUGACCCACCACGUCCAGGACGAGGAUGUUGUCAGCAUUUUCACCAAGUAGGCGCCUCAUUCAGCACAGACCAAUCGACGAUCUCAACUGCAGUUUGUAGACGACCAAGGCGAAGA